AUGAAGCAGGAGAGCUUACCUCAGGAAUGCAGCUCAACCUCCCCAAAGAUCAACAAGGGCCUGAUGGCGCUCCAGAGCAUAGCCAGCCGGAGCUGGGGCGUAAAGAACUCAGAGAAGAAACCACAGAAUACCCCUCAAAGCCUCAGCAAAUCAACCCAGGCUGUUGGAUGUUUCUACUGCAAAGAGGACCAGAUCAAGAAGUUCUCCAAACAUAAUGGCUUUGUGUCCGAAAUGGAGGACAUGAGAAGGGCCUUCCUCAUGCGGCCUGGAUGUCCCCAGUUCAGUACCAGGACUACGUCCGUGUCUCAUGUGGGUUCUGCCACCAUGGUUGAUCUUCCCUCUCCCAGCUCUGGAGUUUGGAAGAUGAGUGAGGACCACCCCCUAUGCAGGCUGGGCUCCGCCACCAGUGUGGAUGGGAAGUUCUUUCCAUCCAGCAGGAGUGCUUGUGAGCUCAACUACCCACGGAAGAGGAGCGAGCCCUCAGUUACGAGUCCCAUCGGCAGCCCCACCAUGGUCAAGAAGUCCCAGAGGACGAGAAUGCCUUGGUACAUCUCAGUCAUCCAUGAGAAGGAUCACUCUCUGCUCCUGAUGGGAGAGGAGCUGCAGCGUUUCUCAGAGAUGGAGACCCAGAUGCAGAAGAAAGAUCAGGAGAUCCUGAUGCUCCAGAAGGAGAAGGAGGCUCUGAGGAAGCAGCUGAGAAGCCUCCUCAGAAGCAAAGCCACAGAACCCUCUUCGGCUUUCAUCAGGAUGGAACGGUCCUUCGAGACGCCCUUGAAAUUGGGGCGGAUGAGCAUGCUGAAGACCAUAUACAAAGAGGAGGAUGAACUACAGCGUUGGAUACAAAUGCAGGAGGAGGCAGAAAGCAACAAGGAGCCAGGGAGCACCAUAGAGGAAAAGAGCUCCGAGGGGCAGCCCGAGGAGGCUGCACCCACCAAGCAGAGGACCAGCCACAGCAAGACAGGGACUCUGCUGGAGGUGAGCCCUGAGGAGGAGGAAGAGGAAACAAAAGGAACUGAGGAGGAUGAGUCAACAGUAGACGAGGAAGAGGGAUUGUGGGAGCUGAGGGAGGAGGAGGAGCGUCGCCCCAAGAAGUCCUACUCCAUGACGGAGUCCUUCGAGGAGGAGCUGAUGGCCCAGCUGGAGGAGUAUGAGCGCAUGUUGAUGGACUUCCAGAAUGAGCUGGAAUUAACUAGGUCCAAAUAUUCCCUGGCCACAGGGGCCAUCACAUCUCUACAGCGGCACACUGACUUCCAAGAGUCUCAGCUGCGAAAGGUCACCACGGAGAAUGAGCUCCUGGUGAAGGAACUCCGGGAACGGAAGCAGCAGAUACAAGACAUGACCGACAAGUUCUCCAACCUCCGGGAGGAAAAGAAGCAUCAGGAAAUAAUGGGGCUCAUUGAAAAGGAAAACCUGACCCUCCGACAGAAAGUAGCAGACUUGAAGACAGAGCUGGAGAACAGUGAGCACACCAUCGAGGAGCUGAACGCCCAAACCAAGGAGCUGGAGAAUCUGGUCAACACAGACAAGGACCACCUGAGGCGGUGGAAGGAGUUGAACGAUGACCUGCAGAUGCGGAAUGAGAUGAUCCAACAGGCAGAGCAGCAGACUCAUGUGAUCCUGGAGGCCACCCAGGCCAGGCUCGAGAAGCUAAGGAAUAAGAUCAUACAGGCUGUCUUCAGUGUCAGUGGGACCAAGAGCUUGUCCACCGAAAUCUCUGAUAACUACAUCCUGGAAUCUCUGCAGAGGAUCAUCUCGGAGAGAAGUGACUUCUACAAUCAGCUGAAGCAGAAGGGCGUGAAGGUGCCCCCGCUACAACAGUCAGAUGUCUCCCUGCCCGGCAAGAUCAAGAAGAUGCUGUCCAAGUGAUACGGCACACCCAGCGGAGGCCAGGGCCCUGCUGGCAAAGCCAGCCUGUGUGGUUAGUUCUGUGAUAGAGAAUUAAACGUUAGAGUUGCCACC